AUGCUGCAAGACACGGCCGACCGAGCCUCCCGACGAUGGAGUCGAUCGACCAACGGAUGCGUGACGUGCUAUGCCAGCGAUGCAGCCGCCUACAGCGGCAUUGCGAAUGGCGCGAACACCAUGUUCCCCUUCGAGAACGAAGGCGAGGAUUUGGCUCUCUUAAAUCUCGCCUUCAGUAUCACUGCCAGUCAUGCCGCCCAAUUUACACCCGAAAGCGACGAAAACCCUGGCGACUGGGAGGGUAGUCCAUCAGAGACAGCAGUGGAAGCAACCGAGUCGAUGGGCACGACUCAUCUGGUUUUAAACCGCACUGCGAACAUAGAAGAACAAGCGACCUUGACGACUGCGAGUAGUAACGCAGCAGCGCUCCCUCUGUCGACACUGACCGCUCGGCAUGUACCCUCCCGAUGCUCGAUUCUCUUUGGUCCCUUGGAACAGGAUGCCCUGUACUUCUUCGAAAAUGUAUUUUCAAAGCUUAGUCCCAAGACAUUUCUCUGGUCCAAGCUCGCCAUAGUGCUUCAUCAUGCCUACGACGACGCCGCAAUUAUGCACUUGCUGUUGGCUUCUUGUCUUAGUACCGUCGCUCGGGGCCAUUCGGAUCAUCAAGUGUUGCGGACUGCAAAAUCCCAUUUUAAAAGGGGCACGACACGUUUUGUCGACGGAAUACAAGAGCAUUCAUACAAUCACGCGCAAGCCUUUAUGGUCUUCUGGCUGCUACAGCUGACGUACCGUGCCAUUUGGGACGGCAAGUCUCGUUCGGCUAUGAAGAAUCUCAGCACCGCGUUAGUCAACUAUGUUCACAGACAUCGUAUUCUCGAACUCUUUGGUUCCAACAGGGGCCUCUUUGAGAGUCUCAGUGGUAGUGCCUCUGCUGAAGGGGACUUCGCCGCAGAUUCAUCGUCUCUCAAUCCGGUGGCAAUGGCGAAAAAGAGUCUCCUCGCUAGUCUCCUGCUCUUCACAGCGUACGAGGACCUGGACUCUGAAUUUUGUGGUUCCGGAGGACAAUUUGCUGAACUAAUACUUUCCGGCAAUGACACAUCACGCUCUCUGUUCGCCUGUUCUCGUAACAUUCAUGCUGACUUCUUCGGAUCCUCCUAUCCAUGGGAGGAACUGAUGGACGAUGUAGAGCGGUCAAGGCCACUAGAACUUCACUUUUUCUCAAACAUAUGUCUUAAUCGGCUAAAUAGAGCCCAUGCGUGUGGCAUUGAUGUCGAGGAGCUACGAGAAAUAGAAGCGAUUCUCCAUACGUUACGCGAGGAUUAUUCUGCCAUUUUCAAGCUGGCAGAAGCUCCGUAUUCAGCUGGGAGAAAGUUGAUUGAAACUUCAUACAGCAUAGUAGCGCAUUUUUAUGCUAUUCUAGUCUGUGUUCUGGUUGACAUGGCUUCUACUGCCCCAUCCGAAUCACUCCAGCGAGAAUUUGCCGUCGCCAAAGACAAUCUUCUCCGCGUGAUAUUCCGGAUGGCAACACAGUGUACGGAUAACCCAGUCAUGUGGAGGAACCAGUGGGCACUAUUCGUAAUGGCGAGAGAAAGCAACGACGAAAUUCAUCGGGAUUGGCUGCUGCAUAAGCUUGGGAAUAGCAGCUACGCGGCGGCAUUGAAGGACAGCAGUGCGCAAGAUUUCAACCCCUCGGUCUCAAGAGAUGAUUAG